AACGCGCGGCCCAUUGACGAUGGGUUGGCAACGCACACAAGGGGCCUUAAUACGAUACCAACGGAGUUUCCCAUCUCCUCACUACGGCUGCGGACGUAUCAAACCGGAAAAAAAUAGAAGUUGUGAAAUGACAUCGAAAAUUCACGGAAUUAUGAUUUAAACACGGUAUUUUAGUCGUAUUUCUGUACUACUUUAAACUGAGCAUACAGUACAUCGUUGACAUGGCAGGAAAGCGGCGGGAACUACCGUCUUGGAUGGCAAGGAAGGAUGAGGACAGAGUGAAAGAUAAGGAGACACUGAAGAGGAUAACUUCAGGCAAGAGAACGAGGAAACGAGUUGAAAGGGUGUCCUUCUACUGCAUGAAUGAAAAGGAGCUGGUGGAGGCAGCUGUCAGUUAUUUGAAUGAUUUUGGAGGUGGAGAAGAUGGAGCUCAUCAUGAUGACAAACAGGUCAAAAGGAGUGUGGUGGGCUGCUCUAUGAAUGCAAAAAACAACUGUGUCAGGGAGAAGAAGAGGAGGCUGUCUGAGUUGGACGUGGUGGCGGAGUCCUCAGACUCUGAUGCACAGGAGAGGACGUAUGUCUCAGAAACGGACAUCGAUGUAGCCGAGGAGGACACUCUACUGUACGCUCAAAACAACAACACAGAGCAGGGACCUGAGGGUCAGAGUUCAGGACCAGGUCACGACGAUGCUGAUAGUCCAGGGGAUUUGGCUCAGGAUGUUGGAGCAGAGGACCACUCACGGUCACAGUCUCCCACAGCAGACGAUGAUGCCCUCAGGCUUGUAAGGGAGAUAUUCUUCACCUGAUGAUAAACCACAGAACACUUUGAGAUGCUUUCCUUUCAAACUGAGAUGUAGACUACAGUAUAUUACAAAUAGUCAAUGGGGGCAAAUGGGACCCAUAACAUGAAUGAUUUCCUUCUCUGCUAAUAGUGGGUUAUUGGUAAUGUUAGUAAAUACAUCUCCAUUGAAAGCAUUUAUGAAUACAGGAUUAGGUUUGAUCUGUGAAGUGUUUAUGCACCGUCUUAGAAAAGGCAUUGGGCCUAAAAACUGUCUCACUAGGUGCAACUAAUGACGUGUACAAUAUUAGGCGCAACUGCUCAAGAUAUAGUUUCCCCUUUAAGAGCAGUAAAAGGGCAAUGACAUACUUUGUAAUAGAAACAAAUAUAUAAUUUUGAUUAAAGAAUAAAAUGUGA